UACCAUGGCGUGGUUAUCUGCGAAAGGAUUCUUGCGCUUCGUGAGCGCUGUCGUGGGCCUCCUGCUCUUCAUCGUGGCGUGCGCCGGCUUCAACACGUUGAGAUUGUCCGACUCGACUGUGGACAGUCAAGCUCAGUUCGGCUGUCUCUGCUUCUUAGGCGUCUGCUUCGGCUUUCUGUUGGCGUUUGGCGAGUCUAAGUGGGAGCUUUUCUUCUUCUUCUUCGGCUUUAUGCGGUACCGACUCGGUCGUGCCUGUAUCUUCGCUGUGAGUGGCAUCAUGACCGCGAUACUGGGCAAGACUCGAAACCAGCAGUGCGACUGCAAUGACAAUGUCCUCAUUAUCAUCGAAGGCGUGGCGCUUAUAGCCAUGGCGCUUCUGCAGAUCCUUGCCAUGUUCGUCUUCGGGAACAACAGCGCGCCACGCUGCAACAUGGAGACCGUCCGUUUGCCUGCAGCGCUGCCAAUCGCCGUCUCAGCACCGCAACUACCGAAAGAGGCGGCGCCAUUCCACGCCAUCGUGCAGCCAAUCCCGAAAGAGUCACUCCAAGCUCCAGCUUCAGUAGCACGCCAAUCGUCUCCUGAACAGGGAGACAGUAACCUGCCAUCCUGGAUGCACACGCCGUAGGAACGAGAGUUACCGGCUACGUUGAAGUAAUAUUCCAUUUGUACGACCUACACUUGUAAUAUUACCAUACUCUUACUCUCA